AUGAAGACUCCUGGAAUGAUACAAAAGAAUGACUUAAGGGAGACGGUGUCAGCUAAUACUAGUCCGUGCCAUAAGCCCCACGAAGAAAAUUCUUCAGAGCAGUAUAGAAGAAGAUCAGAGGGCUCAGAACCAGCUUCGGAUUCCAACUCUCGACGAGCAUCUUUCAAUUCCUCUCCGGUACUACGUUGCCGCUAUGCCAGAUGUGGUAAAACGGUGAUAAUAUCGUCAGCCGAAGCUAACGGCUUCAAGAACUGUCACAAUUGCUCAUACACCUACUGCUCUAGGGCUUGCAGACGAGCUCAUUGGGAAAAGCAUAGAAAAACGUGUCUCUUCUCGCGCAUCGGCAGCCUCUGCCGACAAGUAAUAGCGGCGUGCAAGGAAAAAAAAGAUACUCUAUGUCACCUUUCCCAAAUGGCUAGAAGAGGUUACCUGUCACAUGGUAUCGGUGCUGUUAAGUGUUUCUUUCCUAACCCGGAAUCAGCGGAACAAUUCCUAUCUAAAGGCUUACCCAAUCUAGGUGAGUUAACCUACGUCCGUUGGCAGGACUUACUUCCCUCAGAAAUGGGACCCCAGUUAUAUGCCGAAUUAGUGAAAAUGUGUAAGAACUACAAUCCCGAUAGUAAACUUGUGCUUUAUGUUUCAAUUUGCGUGAUUUCUGAAUCACCAGCGACGGGUUCUGUGAAAUGGGAACGACAGCUUGUAUCGAGAUGCGGCAAAAUGAGACUCAGCAAAGAUGUUCAAAUACCAGAAAGAGAACCCACAGAAAGUACCGAAACUUUAAUCCUCACUUCGGCUCCUAUCGAAGCUGAUCCUUUCACAGUAAAGGAGAUACGCGAAAAAGCUGUAGAUAACCUAAAAAAUCAUCUGAAAUCCAGAGGCGUGUCGUUAAAAAGGCACCAACCUGAAAUCCAUAAGCAGUUAUUAGAGUAUUGUUCUAAUGUUAGUACAAAGUUUACACCAGUUACGAUGUAUCCUAAGGAUAACAUAUCUGGGAAAAAUUUAAUGUGUAUCCUUAUGUUAGAUGCCAACGAAGAAAGUGUCAAAGAAGUGGAAAAUGCAGGAGUUAAAGUUAGGACUGUUAAUUUGUUAGACGAUACUUGUAACGACUGAUUAAUUCUCGAACAAAUUUUAUUGUUAAUAACAAAAUUAAUGGAAGAGCGUACACCCUAAAUGAAAUGUUGUUGAUUGUGUAUAAACUGACAAAUGCAUUUGAUAGCGAUACGAUGGUCAUUCGUUAAAAAAUUUUCUACAUGCUGUUGAAAAAUACAUAGUGCGAUGUGCUGGGAGAAAUCUGGCAACACCGCCUUAUCGGUCAACUCUCCCUCUCUCUUACCCCACCCCUUUCGCCUUGCUGCAUUGCUCAGUGUCGGCCUAGCAGCAGCCUUCGAAGAUGUAGGUCCCGGUCGCUGUUAUUGCUAAUGUGAAAUUCAUGCUGUGAUACGUUCUUAAAUGCAAAAUGGAUUUCACCUAUUGACAUUCAUUGUCAGUUAAUUGAAUUUUAUGGGUAGAAGUGCAUCUCUGUUCAACAUGUUCUCAAAUGGUCGGAAAACAUCGCAAAAGAUCGGAGCGGAAGGUAUUCAGAUUCAUCGUGAAUUUCCGUUCGGCCUUCACUGUAUUACGGUUCUCAAACUUUUUUGGUCGCGGCACCCUUGUAGGGCUAAAAAUAUUUCGAGGCACACCAACCCUUGAAGCGAUUUGGGAAACGACAAAAAAAAAAUACAAUUCUGAGGCUCAUUUGAUUUCAAUAUAAACUUUAUUUCAGAUCAAUAAAAUAAAGUACAUUUGAUAUUCAAAUAUCCUUACUUAAUGUGAUGAAUGAAACUGUUUCGAUGAUGUUUUCAUUAUAUCCUUUAUAAUUAUGGGAAUCUUUGUAAGUUUGACUCUCAAAUCCCUUGAUGGUUGAAGUUUCUGUAUUUGUUUUUAAUAUAAGCAUAUGCGGAGAAAGAAGACUCACAGAGAUAAGGCUAUGUGAAACACACAAGUUUUUUCCCUGCAACCUUGCCGACAACAUUAUUUUGUGAAUAUACCUGCAUCCAGAACUUUUCUUGGCUUCCUUCACGGUAUUUGAAAUUUAAACUGCUAUCUUCGCUGAUCUCAAGUAGAUUUUGAAAAACUUCAUUUGUCAUUCCGACAGGUUUAUUUUUGGGUCGCAUGGAAACGGGUCCACCAUCCAGCUGUAUAAGUCAUCUGAUUCAAUGCCAGGAAAAUGGUUUAUAAUACUUUUACAGUGGAUCUUUUAGUUCAAAUAGUCUCCCUAAAAUUGUUGACCUCUGUGUUGAGCAAAAGAUUAAAGUGAUCAAUACCCAUAUCUUCAGCGGUGAGCUUUACAAGGCGUGCUUGAAGCGGACGGCUCUUCACAUGAUUAAUUAUUUUCACAGAACCAUCCAAUACGUCUUUCACAUCUUGCGGCAUCUUUUUAGUUGCCAAAGAAUGGCGAUGUAAGAUACAAUGACUGCCGGAGGCAUUUUCUGCCACUACCUUUAUUCUAGAUACCGCCCCUCUAAUUUUACCAACCAUUGCAGCCGCUCCACCACUGCAAAUAUCCACACAUUUACUCCACUCUAUAUCAUUUUUUCUUAUGUACUCGUGGAUAGCCUUGAAAAAUUUCUUCACCAGUGGCAUAACUUUUAAGUUCUUCACACAUAAGGAGUUCUUCUUCUAUUUUCAUCCCGAAUGGAAACCUCACAAGCACAAACACAGUACAGCAACGUCGAUACUUUCAUCAAGCUGUAAACUUAAAAAUUCACAAUUUUUAAUCUAUUUAUAAGCUCUCUCUACAAAGUCUGAAAUAGUGUGAAGUCUCUUGCUUAUAGUGCUGUUUGACAUCUGCACAUUAUCAAUCUUCUUGGUCAUAUCUGGACGUAACAUGCAUUAUACGACAUCCUUCACGCAAGGUUUAGUCAGUUCCUCGGCAAUGGCAUGGGGUUUUCCAGCUUUUGCAAUGUGCAAACCAACAAUAAAUGAUGCUUUAGUGGCGUUUUCAUUUUUGUAGACUCUUUCCAUCAUGCAUGAUCCUUUCUGAAGAGAUAAAGCACGACGUUUGAAGGUUUCUUUGGCCUUAUCGGCUAAACCAGGAUGAUUACUUUCCAAAUGUCUUUUUAAUUUAGAUGGGACCAAGCACCCAUUAGAAACAAUUUUGUGAUAAUUAACGCAUUGGCCUUCUGGUGCCUGUUCGUUGCCAACUUGAAUAAAGCCAUAUAAUGUGAGAGAGCAAGGAUCAUACCUUCUUAUUUUUCCCCGAAUUUCUUUCUGAUCAGAAACCUCCUUUCCACGGAAUCACGUAUUGAGGGAGAACAACUUGGAUGAGCUGGAAUCGAAUGGAUCUCGUGGACAUUUGCAUCUUCUCCAUCUCUGGUUGUCACUGAAUCAGUUGAUUCAGAUGCUUCAGUGACUUUACUACAUUUCCUUUUUAAAGACCCAGAUUUCAGCCAAUUUUCCAUUAUUCUGAAAUGAGAAAAAUGUCCCAAAUAAAAGAGAGCAAAACAUUGCCAACAAUGAAAGGCAUUUUCCAACCGUAAUAGUUUAUGGCAAAAAUAGCAACAAAAGUAGGUACAUAAUAUUAUACAUACAUAUUAAUUCCAAUGAAUAUAAUUACUUAGGUCGCCAUUUUUCUCCUGCAGUUAUACCUAAAACUUCCACUUUGAAAUCUAACUCAAAUUUUUUACAAAACUCACUUAUCGGCUGCAAGAAUCAAACUGGAAUGAAUGAAUGCCGGUAGCAGCCGCAUCGGUCGAAUUCGGCUGUUUGUUUCUCGGUCGCCAUCGAGAAUACACAAGUACAAAUAGUCAACAUGUUUCGAUUGGACAGUGGUGCAGAGGCCGGUUGUUCGACUUUUCUUAAAUGUUCCACGUCACCCUUGGCAAAUGCUUGCGGCACAACAGGGUGCCGCGUCACCCACUUUGAGAACCUCUAAAAAGAGUCUACACCAUUUGCGAAUAUAUUGAACAGAUAUGCACUUUUACCCACAAACUUCGAUUAGCUGACGAUGAAUGUCAAUAGUUGAAAUCCAUUUUGCAUUUAAAAAACAUAUCACAGCAUGAAUUUCACAUUGACGGUAACAGCGACCGGGACCUACAUCUUCGAAGGCUGCUAGGCCGACACUGAGCAAUGUAGCGAGGCGAAAGUGCUGGGGUAGAGAGAGGGAGUGUUGAUGUGUAAGGCAGUGUUGCCCCUUUUCUCCCAGCAUGUUGCACUCUUUCGCAGCGGUAUAGGGAACCUUUUUUACAAAUGAUCCUCGUAUAAAACAUGUUUUGAUUUUACUUUCAUAGGUACUAUGAAAAAGUACUCAUUCUAAAUGAAAAAGUAUUUCACUGAAGGGUACUUCUGAAAUAAAAUCAGUCAGUUUUUUAUGUAAUAUAACAUUGUAUUUUCAAAUGUUUUAUUGUUAUAAAGAUAAAUUACUAAAAAGGGUAAAGGCAGGACAAUCUUAAUCAAAAGAAGAAUAUGUAAUUUAUCUUGUAUUAUUUUACUUAUUAACAACUUCAACAAAGAUAUGUACGUAAGAAAACAUUAAUUAAAAAGUUCUAAAAAUAUCAAUCUAUCCAGUCUAAGUAAUAUGGACACUCCAUUUUUAAUAAAACAAGAGAUAUUUAAUAUUUUUUUGGCCAUCUAGUGUCAUGAAUUCGUUCUAAAUGGCCAUACCACCUCAGCUUUUUUCUAUUAUAUUAUUAUCUACGUUCAUAUUUCUUCUUAUGUCGUCAUUUUUGACAUUGGCUAGCCUUGAAAUCUUAGCAGUUUGAAGGAUAGCAAUUUCCUGUAUCUUUUCCGCAAAUUGGAGAACCUAAGGAAGCUGUUAUAACGUGUACUAACUUCUCAUAUGGUUGGUUCCCAACGGUUCCAUAUGGUUUUGUAAAUGGAUUUUUGACUGACGUCUUCCUUAUUCAGUUUUGUUUUUGAUGUCUUGCUGGCUCUUUCCGUCAAAUGUUAAUAUUACACUCAAGUAUUUGAAGGAUGAACAAUGUUUAAUAGGUACUAAAUUUUUCUUUGAAAGCUGAUAAAGAGUGUGACUUGUAGCUCUUUCAAGACGACAGACUCAGUAAAACACAGGUUAAAAAACAAAAUAAAUAUAUUCAAGGUAAUUAUGUACAGAUCAAAAUAAAAAUAAAAUAUAAUUCUGGUUAUUGUCCCGUUGCAGAGAAGUCCCUCCUGGAUAGACGUCUGCAAAAGAAAAGCAAACUUAAUAACAAAACGAAAUAUCCUUACACCUCACUGCAGUGUAAGAUACAAAACAGUCACGCGAUUAAAAUAUUAAUAAUUUAUCGGGAGCUCGUUCACUUCAUUUGCUACCGUUUAAUUAUGAGCCUGCAAAUUAUCACGUCAGUACGGUGCACUCAGAGCUGUCGCUUCAAGACUGGAGAAUCUCCGUUCGGUGGCCUCCUUAAGUAUCUCUCUGUCUGGGCUGUUUCGGAGUGGAAAUGAGUGGGGUGUCGUUCUGCGCGGAUGGUGGAACUCGCACGAUUCUAGCUGUGCGUGCUCGCGGCGUAUCAUUACAAGAGAACCAAACAAUUGAAGUACAAAGAAGAAUCAGAUUGCCUUGGGCAGCGUUUGGAAAGUUAAGAUGGAUACUAAAAAGCACAAAGAUACAACAGUACCUAAAAACCCGUGUAUUUGACCAGUGCAUCCUUCCUGUUCUGACGUAUGGCUCAGAAACAUGGACAUUAACAAAGGCCAACAUAAACAAAAUAGAAAUAACUCAGAGAAAAAUGGAAAGGUUCAUGUUUGGAAUAAAACUGCAAGACAGAAAAUCAAACAAAUGGAUAAAAGAGAAAACAAAAGUAAAAAAUAUAACUGAACAUAUAACAGGGUUAAAGUGGAGAUUUGCGGGCCACAAUGCGAGAGAGGAAGAUAAAAGAUGGAAUCCUGAAAUACAAAACUGGAGAUCGUGGACAGGAAGAAGGGGAAGAGGAAGACCUCAGAUGCGAUGGAAGGACGAUAAUGUAAAAGCUGCAGGAACUCACUGGAAAAGCGCAGUCAAGGAUAGUCAGAUAUGGAACGAUUUGGGGAAGGCAUAUGUCCAAAGCUGGAUAGAAAUGGGCUAAAGAAGAAGAAGAAGAAGAAAUUUUUCUCUAACGAUAUAUUGCUAGUUUUUAUCGUCAAUUACCAUAAGAUUGCUCUUAUGUACAUUUAUUGUUGAACUUGCUGUUAUUGAAUUUACAGUUGAACGCAUUGAACGGUAAUAAUAGGUGACGUCCUACAGCGUCUUUAUUCUGUGUUCAUUACUGUUCAUAGUCCUAUAAUAAUUUACCAGGCAUUACUUCUUCCAUAUUCUUUCCCAGUAAUUGUUUUUAGCAUUCUUUACCAUGCUUGUUACUAAUCUUAUUUGCUCUUUAUAUAUUUCUAUCUUGUGUAAUUUCAGUAGCUAUUUAUUUGUCGUAAGCUUUCUUCUGCUCUUUCACGGGUUUCUAGUUCAUGGGUUUUCCAAGGGCAUUCCUUUUUUGUAAUUAUUACCGUAUUUUCUAGUAUCCUAGAGCUUCUUUUAUAACAUUAUGAGUACAAGGUUUCAUGUUCUUAUACAUGUAUGUUCUCUACUGACUCAUCUUUUAUCUGCGUAAGUUUGGUCACCAGACGUAGUGGAUUUAGGAAUUUAAUGGAAUAAUCAUGUAGAGCAGUGGUUCCCAACCUUUUAUGUCUGGCGACCCACCUUCUGAUGUUUUUUCAUAUUCGUGACCCAUCCCACACCCAUGAUGAUACAUAUACAGUUGAGUCCGGGAAUCUUUACCCUGUUGCUGUAACUUGCUGUUGCGAUUAGUAAAUUUCAAUUUCCGACUUAUCAUCGACUUAUUUCGUAUGCUUUAAACGAUGACGCACGGGUAAAGAUUCCCUGACUCAACUAUAUGUACGUUACUCAGCUACUGUAAUCUGUAAUAGCCACGCCGCGACCCACCCGAAAUCUACCCGCGACCCACUAGUGGGUCGCGACCCGCCGGUUGGGAAACGCUGAUGUAGAGUAUCUUAGAUAUACGACUUCCAGAUUUUCUUUGCUUUUUACUCUUUCAGUUUUUAUUAAAUAGGGGAAAUAUAUGUUUUCUGUAAGAAGAUAGUGAUCUGAACCACACAUAAUCCUCUUUGUGUCGUCAUAGGUAUUGAUAAUAUUACGUCUCUUGUAGUGCUUAUUGUUUGUACUCGUCUUCAGUCAUUUCUUUAACAACUUUUGCUUAUAAUGUGUUUAGCAUUGGUGUUACUAUAAAGCCUCCGUCGUUAUCACAUAUUUUCUGAUCAGCUUGCUUAUGGAUUUAUGGUAUUUUCCCAUAUUAAUGCAUUAAUGAAACAUCUCGGUCAUCACGGGAGUUUAUUUUGCUUAUUUAUGCUACUCUAUUAACUCUUUAGCAUUUCAACUGCCCUUUACCUACCAGUGAAAGUAUAUAUUAUGUACAAAACAUCAGAAUGUCCAGAAUAGAAUCAAUAUUGAUCAACUGAUUAUUUUUUACUUCUUAAUUAAGACAAUUGAGCUACAUAUUUCUUAACUUUUUUUUGAUAAUAUAGAAAAAAAUAUUAUUUAGGUAUUUAUACAGAGAUAUUUACACCUUUUCCUUAUUGGAGUGUCCGUACUAAUUUAAGGACAACUGUGAUAAAAUUAAUAUAGUUGUUCGACUCUUUACAUGCUUAUUGGUCUUGGGUGAAAUCAUAGUGACUACAUCAACAAGAAAUGAGCUGUAAAUAUUUAAAGCAUCUGUCAUUCUAAAAAUCUGUGGAUGACUCUUCCAUUAAUAUUAAAUGUUCAAAAUGUUGCUCAUAUGUCCAGUUUUCCUUAUGGAAAACAACCAAAAUUGUUUAUACAGUGUAAACGUAAAAUCAAUUGAAGCUUUCUAAAUUUUCUCAUAAAAACUUCAAUUUUGAACACAAAAUAUGAAUGAUAUUCAUAUUAUAUCAGUUACCUACUUUUAAGUAUAAUGAAAAUCAUGAAAUAGUAUCUAUGUAAAAACUCACAUUGUGAAAUAUAGGUUUUAAAUAUUUUUAUUGUUUAUUUUAAUAAUUAUAAACAAAAUGAAAAAUUUUUACUUUCGGGUUUAAUUUGCAAUAACUUUUUUGUUUAUAAACAUUUAUUUAAUUUAGAAAAUCUCACUUAAAAUAGCAAAUAUUUCUAAAAAAGUCUUUUGUUGAAUAUAUUCAUCUAUACUAAAACCAAAAUAGAGAUGCACUAGAAAUAAACAAACCAAGACACUUGCUUGUUACGAGAAUCACUCCCAAAUCAUGAUUUACAAUGUAUACAUUCCAAAUCUCCCGAAUCAUGAUUUACAAUGUAUUGUUAAGAUCUACUUUCUCUUACUUUUAUAAUAAUUAGUAUUUAUUUAAUUAAUUAUUCAAUUGUCGCAAAUCAUACAUAAAAAUUAAGAAAAAUCUCAGGGUGCCUUUUUGUCAUACAAAAAAAAAAUAACUAAAUUAUCUUAGGUUAUACUUAUCCUUUCUCGUGGUUUCAGUAUCUCUUAGUUGAUCCUUAUCGGGAUAAAAUAGGAAAAGAAAAAAAAAUAGAAAUACCAUAAAUAAGCACAUACAAAUAUCUUUUAUUAUCAAAAUGUAAUAAUCUGAAAAUUUAUCAAUUAAAUCCUGUGGGCAUAACUGUCCCAAUGAAACUUUUACAACAUUAAUUAAUUUUAAUUCAACAAAUAUUUAUCGGUUUGUUCUUGAUAACAUUGAUAAAACAAACUAUACAAACAAAUUUAGGUAUUAUAUUUCCUAUUAAAUUUUUAAAAUAUUGGAAUCUUAGUUCAUAUGCUUUUACUCAAAUUUAACUUCUGAACAUAAAGAAAAUCUAUCACAUAAAUUAUUGACUGACCUUUUGAUUCACACAUAAUGAUGUCUCCUCUUGACCCAAACAGCUCGUCCUUGUUGAUUAUGUUAGGCUACCCAUCAAAGGCCUCUCCGUUCUCAGCAUCAAUCCAGCAGCAUACCAGCAACUAAUUCUCCAAAACACGAGCCAGGCCUCUUUUGACCAGUACUCGUUAAAAAAAAACUCCAAAAUUCUCUCCUCUCUUUCUCACAAUAAUAUUUUCUCCCUUGGACUUUACAGAAUCAAAGAGGUAUUUCUUCUCAAUUUGAUCUGUCUCUCGUUCCACUUUUCAGCUACACUCUUCACUAUCUAACAACCACUGGUACUUGCUUCUGAACUAUUCACGAAAACUUUGACUGCUCUUCUGCGAUGCCGGUCACAUAAUAAUCUCCUUUUCCAAACGAUCUGAACAUUCAACCUUCUCUCAUCCCCAUUCCAAAUUGCUAAACCAAUCAGAAAUAUUUCUGUCUCCCUAUUCCUCUUUUUUCAUUCGAAAAAACCCAUGCAUCCUUCCAACAAAUACUUCUACUCAUGAUAAUUACUUUUCGGGAAUCCUACAAACUUACUUGGGGCUUAAACAAAGAGCCUUAAAAUUCCAACUUUCUCUACAUUAUUUUUCUAAAUAUAAUAAUUACCUGUGGCUUUUGGCCUAGCUCGUAACAAAGCAACCGUUUUAAAAUUAUAAUUCCGAGAUAAAUUGUCUAUUCACAUCACUUUAUUUACUAAUGUCUUUAAUUCUUCAGGGAAAAACUCAUUAAAGAUAAACCCACUGCUUAAAGACUAACUUAUAAUAAAUAGUUACAAAUCAAUAUACAGGGUGUAUCAAAUUUAUGUGCCCGCGUUAUAUAAAAAAAAUAAAAAUUUUAUUCUAUCUUUGAUUGAUAAAAUGAUACACAAUAGUAUAUUAUGAUUUGGGAGUGCUUUAGAUGCUUUUAUACAAUGUAUAUACAUCGUAAAUCCAAAAUCAUGAUUUACAAAGUUUAUACAUUGUAAAUCAUGAUUCGGGAGUGCUCCUCAGCUCCUCGUAACAUUCAACGUGUCUUCGUUUGUUUAAUUCUAGUGCAUCUUUCUUGUGAUUUUGUAGAUAUAGAAUGCUAAGUUUUUCACAAUAUUGAAAUGAAUGGAAAAAGUAGUUUUCUUAUUUAAAAGUUAAUAAAAAACCAUGACGCAGUAAAAAUUUCGAUGCCCAUGAGAUGGUCCGCCUUUUCUAUUGACUUCCCCAGAUUCGGCUUCAUUUACUGGGGUAUAAUUAAAAUACACUGUAUAUACAUUUUUGUAGAAAUUCGGUACAACACAUAUAACUGGGUAAACCGAUUGUAAGUCUUUCAUAGUUUAUCAAAUUGUUUUAUCGUUCAAGGGUAACACUCUGGUAUAUGAAUAUCGUAACUCUGCUGGUUGAAUUAUCAAUAGGUAGAAAACAUUACUUGAUGGGUAUAGAACGGAAAUUUAUAGGUUAUAAUUAUUACGUAUUAUUAAAAUAAAGAAAUAUAAAAUGUUGAAUAUUAUUUUAAAGGUAUGUUAAAUUUCACAAUCAUUUGAUAACUUGGCCCAUGGUUAGUCUAUUGUUACUAAAUACUUGUAUAGUAGCAUAUAUAUUUAAUUAUAUCACAUUGUCUUCUUUUUCUUUUCCUUCUUUUCAUUAAAAAGAUAACUCUUCAGUGAUUACAGCUACAUGACAUAUGACAUUCAUUUUCCAAAUACUUUUGUUCUGCUCUGAUAUGGUAAACAGUUUCUUCCAGUUGUCGACAGUUACUUUAAAAAAUCCUUGUCCAAUUGAUACUUUAACAGCGUCUAAUAAGAAACGAAUAUUUUGUUUUGCAAUUAAAUUAAUUUUUUAUUUACAAACCAAUCCGUAGGUAUAUAGUCCACAUUAUAGUUUAAGGUAAUCAUUAAACCAUUCUUUCUUAUAUACACUAAGCAUCAAAAUUAACGCACCACCUUAAAGAUGGGACAUUUUUGAUGUCUCGUAUUUCCUAAACCUGUUGUCUGAUUUUACUGAUUUUUUUAGUAUAUUAUAGAUUUAUUCUUCGAGAAUAUCGAUGUAAUAAUACUAUUGCCAAAUAGGUAAGUGUCAUUGUAUACCGGGUGUAACAAUGAUAGUGUGUUUUUUCUUCAAAGCUUGGAACACCCUGUGGAGUGUCAGGCACGUAGCCAGGAAAUGUUCUUGAGGGGGGUUCAAACACAACUUAAAUUUUUUGUUAGAUUAGACUGUAAGAAAGGUAUUGAAAAAAUACUCAGAAUAAAUUUUAGAUCCAUAUGCAAAAUUUGAAAAAAACCAUCUUAAUAUUUUAAAAAUUGCAAUAACAAAUGUUUACAUAUUACUUUACUAAGAUGUAACAUCUAUAUGACGACAAUCUCACCCUAGUAAAGUAAGUUGUUUUUAAUAGCUGAUUUCACCAUUGUAUCUUUAAUAUCAUUUUAGCGUCCCUGAUAAUGUUAAUGACUACUAACGAAAUAUAGGAUUCUGUAGAAAAAAGUACACCUGGUCUUCUAUCUAUUCAGCUGUCGACCCAAUAAUUUUUGGUUAUUUGAUAUAUCAUCAUCAUCUAGCCUUAUGCAUCCAAAGUUGAACAUAGGCCUCCCUCAUUUCUUCGAGUUCUGCCGAUCUUGGGCUUUCAGCAACUAAUUCCCAGCAACCCGUUUAAGUUUGUCUGUCCAUCGUGUAGGUGGUCUACCUCUACUUCUUCUGUAAUUACCACUUCUGUAAUUACCACUUCUGUAAUUACCUUCUUCUGUAAUACCACACAGUAAUUCUUUGGAUCCACCACCGGUCUCCAUUCUGGCUACAUGGCCCGCCCAAUUUCACUUCAGCUAUGCUAUUAGCCCUAUGACAUCUGUGAUGAUGAUUUGAUUAUCUAUAUAUCUGGCUUUCGACGUUCCAAUGAACGAAACAAAGAACCAAGAACUGAGUAUUUCGUUUCCCAUCUUGUUUCUGGGUAAAGUUUUUACUCGCUUCAUUGUUGAGAACGAAGGUUCUACACUGGCCGUUGUGACAGGGAUAGUUGCCAAAAUUGUAAGGAAUUUGUAAAUGUUUAGAAAAAAAAAUCUUUAUUACAAGGUUCUAUUACGUAGAGAACUUCGGUAUUUGGUUCCAAAGAUGAUAUUGUAUUACAGUUGUUACACCAUAACAUAUAUUGUAUUCAGCUUUUAUUGCAGUAAGAGAAGUGUCGUGGGAGUAAUAGGCAGCCGAAUUUUCUAGCAAUUUUGCUUUUUCUGUAGAGGCAAUUGCAGUUAAAAGAAUUUGAAAUGCUGAUAGAAUACUUUCGUUUUUGCUAAAUCUGAUUUUUAAAUUUGAUAUAAGUUGAUCUGUACACUGAAUAAAAACAGAAAUAAUCCUAGUUAAAAAUAAUAAUAAUUACGUUCACUUUUUCAAAAAUAUUAAUAACUUGGAGAUAAACUUGCUGCCUUGGUUGCAGUUUUGGGAGGGGUCCGGACCCCAUGGACCCCUCCCUUGGCUACGUGCCUGUGGAGUGUGGAAUAUUCCAGCGUAUAUAAAAUAUUGAAAUUAAUACUCCAGUGUAGCCUUAGGCUUUCUUAACAUUUUGCUUUUUGAUUUAUUCGCUUAUGUGGGGUAAAAAAAGUUAGGUACUUUAACAACUAGCCAGUGUUUCUAAAUAAGUGCGACAAAUGUUAAGGGGUAAUUCUGCAUGAAAAAAUAAUGACCGUUUGCUUUAUAAACAUAUGUCCGCCCGCAAAUGCUUCGUUUCCGAGAUACGGGAUGUUGAAUUUUUUCUUACAAACUGACGAUUUAUUUAUUGCUCUAAAACUGAUUGAGAUAUGCAAACGAAAUUUGGUAGAUUUUAAGAGGUAGUUAUUGCGCAUUUUUUGACACACAAUUAAGAAUUUUAUAUUCACCAU